AUGGGUAAAAAGAACAAGAAGCCCACAGCGGGCGAAUCUCCUACUAUAGAGGCACAAGCUACUGCAGAGUCCUCAACAGCGCCUUCGACAGCGAAUAAAAAGAAGCCAACUUCUCCUGCGCCUCAGUCGUCCUCGUCUUCCUCAUCUGCGCUUGUAAUUUGCCGGAAUAAACACUGGCGUUACAUAUCCUCAUUCCAUGGACCAUGGUUGCAGCUACCGCUCGAAGUCCUCGAGACCUUGGCUAAUGCGAACUACUACAUGCCGUUACCGCGCCCUGUCGACCCAGCAGUAUUUUACGACCUGGUGAAGAUAAGACAGCUUGUAGACGGUGCUACGGAUCUAGCUGUACGAGCUGCAAAUGGAGUCGCAUCCUCGACAUUAUCUAAUUCGCUAGCGGGAGGAGCUGCGCAUCAUAUGCAAGCCUUAGGACUUGGGUUUGGGAAUAAUGCCGGCGCAAAACUUAGUCCAGAGCGGAAAUUCCGAAUGCGAGAGCAAGCUACCCAGAAGUUAUCGCGCGCCUAUCAUUUGGAUGAGAUAGCAUCAAGCGUGGCGACGAUGCAAUCUACUUCGACUCUGGAAAAUGUCGCCAGUCUUGUUUUACUAAGAGCACCCGAUGACCCUGAUGCUAACUACGUUCAUUUCUUCCACGAAAAGAUUCCGUCGAGGCAGCUGGCUGAAUGUACAGAUUUUCGCGCGCUGGAUCUUAUAAUAGGACAACGGUCCUCUGAUUGCGAGCCCCUGAGGACUCGUGCCAUCGUCCGAAUGUUCAAGGAUGAUUUCGAAGGUGCCGUUCGUGAUCUUACCUCUGCGUUGGGCGUAUACCGUCUUCAACAACCGCGGCACAAACCAGCAUCAGACGAGUCUCUGCAACUCGAACAGAAAACUCGGCGGCGGCGAGAUAACCCCCCUCUCGAUGAAAGAGACCAACCAAGUAGUAUAGAAGUACAGCUUUUAUUUCAGCGGGCUGGCUGCUACCUCACUCUAGCUUGCGACAACGUUGCGCUUGCGCUCCCUGAUUCGCCUAUUGAGCAAAAUGCGAAUUCACAAAACGGUACGAACGGGGCCAGCAAUGGCACUACUAAUGGUGAUUCAGCGCCACCACAAGCGGAAGAGGAUCUAGAGAACAAGGGUCCGUUUAAGAAGUUGUUAGAAGUGCGCAAGGUGGUACGUGUUUAUGCGAAGCGCGCGUUACGAGAUUAUAUGGAGUAUCUCAAGCAUUUUCACUAUUCGCCUAACCUACCUAUCGAAGUGUCGGAUGACUUUAGUCGCCAGGUAAAUCAGGCAACUCAUCGUAGCAAAAGGUACUACAGCCAGUCUCGCCAUGCAUCUCAGGACCCGAGUAGCCCUACGGGAACCUCACCUAGCCAUACGAUAUACGAGCUAUCCUCCCUUUUCUCGGCCACACCUCCCGCAGACCUGCCGCCGUAUCCCUCGACAGACCUCGUAUCUCCAAGCAGUGCUACUAUGGAGUCGAUUCAGACAACUACUGAGGUAGUCACUUACCACCCCUUACUGACUGACGCGCUACAUUCGCUACUAUUAUGUCAUACCCUUAUCCAAACCUCGGCAAAAGAGCUUCAGCGCCAUGCGCACAUGGUCGCGCGGCUUGCUCGUCUUGCCGAUGGGUAUCCAGUUUUCCAAGCAAGUAGGUCUCCCGCCCGAGCGGAUUGGAUUGAGGUCCUCCGAAGAGCGGAGAACUGGAUCGAACUCUCAUCAAGUUGGGAGGCUCUUUGCGCCCCGGCCCCGCUGCCAAUCCCUGUGUCGACAAACGGGGUAUCUACCGCGACCGCAAGCGUCAACGCCCUAUCUAUCACCGGAGGCACACCCCCCGCCGAAACUGAGGAACAGCGGAAGGAGCGGAUGCGGCAGCAAGCGAUCAUCGAAGCUCUAGAAGACGAGCGUGUCAACGACGAGGCGAGCUUCAAAGCGGCGAUUCUUGCCCGACAGCGAAGAGCCGAAGCUGAUCACGCAAGUUCCACCAACGGUGGCGUUCCUAGUCCGCAUGCCGGCCCUAAGCGUUGGGCCGUAGAUGACGGAAGGGAGUAUCCUAUCCUAACAGAACGUGCAGAGGCGGUCGCGAGGUGGAUACGCGAGGCGCCGACGGGAUCCGGCACCGGGAGUAGCAAACGCAAAAAGAAGCCGAGAACCGCGAAGCCAGCCGCCGAAUGCGAUAGCUAG